AUGUCGUCGCUUUAUGUUCUUUAUGAACAUGCAUCUGGUUAUUCAUUGUUUCGUGUUCGUGAAUUUGAAGAAAUCGGAAUGUUAUUACCACAAGUCGAACAAAGUGUACUGGAUUUAUCUAAAUUUGCCACAGUUGUUAAACUUGUUGCAUUUUUUCCAUUUCAAUCUGGUAUUAAUGCAUUAGACAAUACAAAUUCAAUUUCAGAAGGCUUAGUUCACGAUGAUCUACGUAAUUUUCUCGAAUCAAACUUACCGAAACCAAGCAAACGUGCCAAAAUGAUAUUGGGCGUAGCUGAUUCAAAAAUAGCAUCCACAAUCAAUGAAAUAUUCGGUAUAACAUGUCAAUACACAGGAGUUAUUCCCGAAUUAUUACGAGGUUUAACUGAUCAAAAUCAGAAUAAAGCGCAAUUAGGUCUUGGUCACGCAUAUUCACGUGCCAAAGUUAAAUUUAAUGUUAAUCGUGUAGAUAAUAUGAUAAUACAAUCAAUAGCUUUGCUUGAUCAACUUGAUAAAGAUAUCAAUACGUUUGCUAUGAGAAUUCGCGAAUGGUAUGGAUAUCAUUUUCCAGAAUUAAUUAGAAUAAUUCCAGAUAAUUAUACGUAUUCACGUGUUGUGUAUUUAAUUAAAAAUCGUAAAGAAUUUACUCAUGAAUCACGUGAAUCAGAAUUAGAAGAAAUUGUCAAAGAUACAGGAAAAACUCACGCAGUUUUUGAAGCAAUGAAAACAACAAUUGGUAUGGAUAUAUCACCGAUUGAUUUGAUUAAUAUCGAAUGUUUUGCUAAUCGUGUUAUACAUUUAUUUGAAUAUCGUAAGAGUUUACAAGAAUAUCUUCGUAGCAAAAUGACGCAAGUUGCACCAAAUCUUGCUGUAUUAAUUGGAGAACAAGUUGGUGCACGUCUUAUUGCACAUGCUGGUAGCUUGACAAAUUUGGCAAAAUAUCCGGCAUCAACAAUUCAAAUUCUUGGCGCUGAGAAAGCUCUUUUUCGAGCUCUUAAAACCAAAGGUAAUACGCCAAAAUAUGGCCUUAUUUUUCAUUCAACAUAUAUUGGAAAAGCAAAUACGCAAAAUAAAGGACGAAUAUCACGUUAUUUAGCCAAUAAAUGUGCUAUUGCAUCAAGAAUCGAUUGUUUUUCGGAUAUUCCAACUGGCGUAUUUGGUGAACGCCUUAAACAACAAGUAACCGAUCGUUUGAAAUUUUAUGAUAGUGGCGAAUUACCGGCUACCAAUGUUCAAGUGAUGGAACUUGCUGUUAAAGAGGCUGAAGAAGAACGUGCUGCCAUAUUAAUUAAGGAAAAAAAACGUAAGAAAAAAGAGAAGAAACGACGAAAAAAAGAACGAGAAGCACUAGAAGAGUCUCAGGAACAAGAUACAUUGAAUGGAACAACAAUUGAAAGUGCAAAUGAUUUUUUAACUAUAAUGACCACUCGAAAACAAACGCCCAGUGAAUUUCUAAAACAAAUUAUUGGGCGGCCGGUUGUCGUCAAAUUGAAUAGUGGUGUUGAUUAUCGUGGUGUACUAGCUUGUUUAGACGGUUACAUGAAUAUUGUCUUAGAACAAACUGAAGAAUAUGUAGGUGGAGAAUUAAAAAAUAAAUAUGGUGAUGCAUUUAUACGUGGUAACAAUGUACUUUAUAUAAGUACUCAACGAAAGAAACUUUAA